CUUCCGGUUGUCAGCAGUGCUAGUAGGACAGUGUUGGUAGUGUUUGGGAAGAGAUAGACGACGAUAUUUUUUCCGUGAUUUUAACAUUUUAAUGCCAAAAUGGGGGCUUGUCUGGCAUUGUGCUCUCUAGCCAGCUGCGCCUCCUGUCUGUGUGGCUCAGCACCAUGUCUGCUGUGUGGCUGCUGUCCCUCAUCCAACAACUCCACCAUCACACGGCUGGUUUUCUCCUUCUUCCUGCUGUUGGGGACAAUGGUGUCUGUUAUCAUGAUACUUCCUGGAAUGGAGGCAGAACUCCGUAAAAUUCCAGGAUUUUGCCAGGGAGGAACGUCUUUUAUUGGUAUUGAAAACCAAGUUAAAUGUGAUGUCAUUGUGGGUUACAAAUCUGUGUACCGGAUGUGCUUCGCCAUGACCUGCUUCUUCUUUCUGUUCGCUGCCAUGAUGAUUGGUGUCCGAUCUAGCAAAGAUCCACGUGCAAGUAUUCAAAAUGGAUUCUGGUUUUUCAAGUUCCUGAUCCUGGUUGGCAUUACAGUGGGGGCUUUUUUCAUCCCUAAUGGAACCUUUCACUCUGUAUGGUUUUACUUUGGAGUGGUGGGCUCCUUCAUCUUCAUUAUAAUCCAACUUAUUCUCCUCAUCGAUUUUGCUCACUCCUGGAACAAGAUUUGGGUAGAAAAUGCUGAAAAUAGUGACAACAAAUGCUGGUUUGCAGGCCUUCUGUCUUUCACCAUUCUCCACUACGCUCUGGCCUUCACUGCUGUGGUGCUUUUCUAUGUUUACUACACAAAGCCUGAUGACUGCACAGAGCAUAAAGUCUUCAUCAGCCUCAAUCUGAUCUUCUGCAUCAUAAUCUCCAUUGUCUCUAUUCUACCCAAGAUUCAGGAAAAACAGCCACACUCAGGUUUGCUCCAGGCUUCUCUCAUCUCCCUAUACACCAUGUACGUCACCUGGUCUGCUAUGACGAACAAUCCAAAUCGAGAAUGUAACCCCAGCCUGUUGAGUCUGGUAUCAAACGUCAGCACCGCCGUUCAGCCUCCCAGUGACGGCAGCAAAGGUGAGGUGCAGCUGUGGGACGCUCAGAGCAUUGUUGGUUUGGUCAUCUUCCUCUUCUGCACCCUCUAUGCCAGUAUCCGCUCAUCCAGUAACACCCAGGUUAACAAGCUGAUGCAGACAGAGGAGGGCGGAGGCUUGGGUGGGGAGGGCGUGGUGGGAGAAGAUGGUAUACGCAGAGCUGUGGACAACGAGGAGGAGGGAGUCACUUACAGCUACUCCUUCUUCCACUUCCACCUCUGUCUGGCUUCUCUGUACAUCAUGAUGACUCUCACCAACUGGUACCCACCUGAUACCCUAACCCAGGACAUGGACAGCAACAUGCCUGCCGUGUGGGUGAAGAUGAGCUCUAGCUGGCUGGGUCUCGGCCUCUACCUCUGGACCCUCAUUGCCCCUCUUCUCUUCCCUGACAGAGAUUUCAGCUGAGCAUAAGAUGCUUUUAACUUUGUUUGUUUGUUUGUCUGUUUUCUUGCACGGGGUUAAAUGAAGUUUGAAGGAUGCUAUUGUGGAAAUGUUAAGGAUACGAAACAAUUUUUCACUUAUUUUUUACUUAUUUGCCUCUGCUGUUAGUGCGUUGUAUUACCUCUUUCUGUAUGAUAAUGUAGUGUGUAAAAUCACUUUAUAUUCAGUUAAUAGUUUUUAGCUUGAUUGAUUGGUAAAGAAAACUUCUCUUAACCAAACUCCUCAUCAAACGCUCCUUGUUAAGGAACUCUCUUCCUUUUCCCUGAUGAGUUUAUAUAUGUAUGAGCUGUAUUAUCUUACUGCUGCAUUCUAGUUACUGGACUAUCAGCAACAAGGAACUCUGUUUAUACCUCAGACUUUUCAUAACUGGUUCCCCUUUAAUGAGCUUUGACUUCAGAUUUUUCUGAUUGGCAAGGUUAGGCCUCCCUAUGACUACAGUAGCUGGAGUGUUUUGGUGCUGGGGAUGUCAGGGGGAACCCUGCAGAAGAGCCCCCGACAGAGGUGAGUGUAAGAGUCAGAUAACACUAAUAUGACACGCCCUGCAGAUAAGACCCGGGCUUCCCCUUUUUGCUGCUAGACUUGGAUGUAAAUCCACAUCAUCACACUUUGAGUCCUUGCAGACUGUCAGUCUAAUCUCAGCUCUUCCUUGCCACGACAUCCUAUGGUCAUUUAUCUGCGGUGCUAAGCCUUUCUCUGUCUGUUGGGUAUUGGCUUUGUGCAGCCACGGGCAACCAUCUGUACCUGUAAAACAAGUCUGUUUGCAGCACAGAGACAUGUAUUGAUUCCAAGCAGUCAGCAUCACGUGAUGUGCACUGGUACAAUUCAAGUGGUGACCACUGGAGCUCUCAAAAAGUGUCAUUAUGUUCAGAACGUGGCGGAGAGUGCUAUUGAGUUUUUAAGGAAAAGGGACUUUUAAUCGUUGCAGCUUAGAAGUGACAAUGAUGCAUUGCAGUGCUGAUAAAUUGCUGUUAAGUGGUAUUGAAUUUCAUAGUUUGUUGGUGGUUGUAGUACUGGUACAGUGAUUUAUGCAUUACAUAGAAGUUACCUCGAUUUCAAUAUGAAUGCAAUGAGUCAGAAUAUAUUUUGAACCUGUAAAAAAUGUUUUGGUACAAUCAUGAAAAUGUAAAUUUUUGUGUAAUGUUCUUUUAUAACAUUUCAAUGGCCACAUAUGAAUCAAGUAUUGUGAAUGAGUUACGUGUUGUGAGAAGUCUUUUUCAUUUCUUUAACCUUAAAAUAUUUAUAACAAAUCAGUCAUAUAGCCCUAAUGAUAAAAUUGUUUAUGCAGAAUAGCUAAAGUAGAUCAAGAUGUGUAACAUUUCCAAACACUAUUAAGUGCCUUUUUGUAGUCCUGGUUUCAAAAUGAAGUUAUCACUUAAGCUGAUGUGUGCUUACUAUGCCUUGCCUUACAUUGUGGUGAAUGAAUCAUUGCAUGCCAUAAAACACGGCACAGACAUGUGACUGGAAUUAACAUUGUAAUUAAUGUAUAAACACUGUUUUUAAUAAAGAUGGAAAUCUGUCAAUCA